UCUCCUUCAAUUCCUUCGACCCCAAAAAUUAUUGUCCCGAUGGGUUUAGGUUUGAGAUCGCAAAGUGUCGUAGCAAUUUGUUUAGUUCUGCUCGCCGUUCGAUCGUCACCGUCGGCGUCUUUGAUCGUCUCCCCAGACCUCAAUCCUCCCUACCCCAAAGCCAUCUCUGAUUUGAAGGAAGCGAUUGUGAAAGGAUUAGGGUUUCAAUCAGAUGAUGUGAAGAUAUUUGGGUUUGAUUUGAGGGAUGCGUUGGUGGGUCGAUCCAUGGCUUACGAAUUUGAUGUUGAAGUUGAUAAUAGAGUUCUUCCAUUCAAGCUUUUGGAGGAUGUGAAUAGAUGGGAGUUUGUGGAUUUACCGAUUUUUCAGGUGGAGGAUCCGAAGAGGUCUGGUGUGGGGAAUGGGUUGAUUGGGAGGCAGAAAUUGGAUGAUGGUUUGCCCGUUUUGGCUCCGUUCCAGUUAGCUGGUCCGAUGGAGCUUUGGAUUCAGGAUGCCAAGGACAUGAGGCUGUCCUUGCCUCAUGAUGUAGAUGCUGGUGUCCUGAAGAAAGUAAUCUUAGCAGAUGGUGCUGUGGUUACUGUCAAGGGUGCCAGAUCAGUUAGCUUGCGCCAUCCAAUUGAGCUUCCACUUCCUUUGAACCAGUCCCAGAAUGGUUUUGCCUCAGGUCUUCUUACUCUGGCAGAUCGUCUACGCCAUGCUUACCGUGCCAAGGAGGCACCGCUUCUCUCCCUCUGUAUAGUUGGUCCUACAUCUCUCACUUCCCCUACUUCAUCAUCGCCCUCUUCCAAUAACAAGCUCAAGCUUAAGCUCCUUGCACCAGGCCUAGUGGAGCUAUCUUCAGCGUCAAAAACCAAAGCUGUUGAAACCAUACCCGCUGUUGAUAUAGAAGGAGAAGCUACUGCCCUCCUAACUCCAGAUCGGUUCACUACAUUGUGGCCUCUGGCAUCUCUCAAUGGCUCAAAUUCUAACUUGUUUGGUUUUGAGGCGUUGCUCUCUUCUGUUCUGGGACCAAAGGCUAAAAAGGAGGGGUCUUUCAAGGUCUUGAAGGCAGAUGUAUCGGCUCAGACUUUUGUGAAGAUAGGUUUCGGGGUAGAGAAGAAGUUGAAAGAAGGUGAGUUCGAUUGGGAAGGUUUUCCUUUGUGGAGGACGAAACCCGAGAGUGUGAGGAUGCAUUUUGAGGUAUUGGCUGAGGUUGAGGGAGACAGAGUUGUGCCCGAGAGGGUGAUGCAGGUUAAUCCUGUUAUUGUGGAAGAUACCGUGGCGCCAAGCGUGCUCAUGGGUAACAUGACUGUGUCAAAUAACCCUAUUGUUCUUCAUCCUCCUACUCCAUUCCUCUUGUGAGUUUUUUGGAGGGAAUAAUUUUUGCUGAAGUCGAUCAGAGUGUAAAGUUUUUUUUUUUUUUCUCUUUUUUUAUCUAAAAAGCUGUUAAGGAACCAUAUAUAUCAGUUGGUGAAAGAAGCUUUUAGUGUAAAAAUUUGUGAAAUGUGGUUAUACAAUGGUUUGCCUUUAGGGCUUACAGACCUAUUUUCCUUAUCGUUCAUCUCAUGAUAUCAAC